UCAGUCUACAGUAUCAAAUGUACAGUACUAACUCGUUAUACGUUAAUACGCCUGAGUCUCUUCGCCAAGAAUAUCCAGAAAAAUGAAUUUCGUGGCGUUCGGACUUAUCUUAAUCUGUUGCCAUGUUUGCGCGAAUAAAAACAACAAUAAUUUUUUAGCUAGAGGGACCUACGAGCAAAGAACACCGUUAAAAGAUUUCCUCGAAAAUAAAGUAAAGCGCAUCAUGCAAAAUGGAGAUAGUACGUUUGGAAUUCCGGUUCUUGAUCCGUUUAUUGCGGAUAAACUCUUUGGGUUUUUGUCAAACGUCAAUGUAACUGGCUUGUCCGCGUAUGAAGUUAACGACGCUGACUUCAGUAUAUUUACUCUGAAGUUCAACCUCGACCUAAACUGGCCAUUGAUAACCGCAAGAGCCAAUUAUUCUAUCAAAAACAACAAAAACGCCAAAAUUAAUGGAAAGGGAGGAAUAGAAAAACGGACAUAUCCAAAUUAAUGAAAUCAAACCAAUGAAUAUUGCCUUGGGAGCAUUUGACUUUCACGUGCUGGAUCUCUACAAAGAUGACAAAAAGAAUGCUGAAUUAAGUAAGAUGAUCUCUGAUAUGGUACUUAAGCUGAUCAAU